ACUGUCACUACUGUCACUAGUGUAAGCAGUGUGAGUAGUGUAGGUCAAUUUGUCAAAGUCAAGUAGUGCUAGAGUGAACAGUGAAGUCUUUAUUGUCUGCUUGUUAUUAUUGACAUUAUUGGUUAUUCAGAAGUUUAUGUCUUAAGUUAAUUGACGUUGACUUUAAAAAGUUUAAAUUUUAGGCCUAGUUGCCAUUUGGAUUGUUUCGUGUUAGGCCUAAUUGGGAAGGUAGAAAUGGCACACAAUUUGGACAAAUACUUUGAAACAGUUCUGAAAAUUACAAAAGAGGCUGGAAAGAUUAUUAGACAACGGAUAUGGGAUGUUAAAACAGUACAGACAAAAUCAAGUGCAAUUGAUUUUGUCACUGAAGUCGACCAACAAGUGGAAAAAUUUAUAAUUGAUGACAUUACAUCUCAUUUUCCAGAUCACAAAUUUAUUGGGGAAGAAUCGUCAGCAGAAGGUCAUAAAAUAACAUUAACAGAUGAUCCUACCUGGAUCAUAGACCCAAUUGACGGAACAAUGAACUUUGUUCACGGAUACCCUAACAUAUGCAUCUCCAUUGGUCUAUUGGUAAACAAAGUAACCGAGAUUGGAAUUAUUUACAACCCAGUACUGGAACAGCUUUUUACAGCGCGCAAAGGGCAAGGAGCAUUUUACAAUGAUAAACCUAUCCAUGUUUCUGGAAAAAAAGUUAUUUCUGAAGCUCUGUUGGCUAUGGAAUUUGGAUCAAGCCGAGAUCCUGAAAAAAUGAGAGUAGUCCAAGAGAACGUCAAAAUACUUUACCCUCUUGCCCAUGGGAUGAGAUCAGUUGGUUCAGCUGCUCUAAACAUGGCCAAUGUGGCUCUAGGGGGCAUUGACGGUUACUUUGAGAUGGGGAUCCACGCGUGGGACAUGGCCGCUGGGGACAUUAUUGUCAGAGAGGCUGGCGGAGUGGUCAUCGACCCUACAGGGAGUCCUUUUGACUUGAUGAGUGGUAAAGUGUUGUGUGCUGCGUCCCUGGAGUUGGCUCAACAGCUGAGUGCUACCGUGAAACAGUACACACCUUCACGGGACAAUUAACCGCUACUCGCUGACAGUGUGCUUCCGAUAGUAGGUGCCUCUCUAAACCUCGUUACCUAUCAUGCAUUUACAUCAAAUGAUCAAACCUCAUGCUGUAAAUCAAUGUGUUCACGCGAUAUUAUAAGCGUCAUUCCAAAGUAUAUUUAUAUUGUUUGUGUGUUUUAAAUUAUAAUAGUGUUGAUGGUA